GCUUGGUCUGCUAAGCAGAACAAAGUCGGUGAAUGGAUGCAGAUUGAUGGAGGAGAAAUUCAAAGUAUCGCUGGCGUUGUUGUGCAGGGUCGACGUGAUUGGGAUCAAUGGGUGACCACAUUCAAAGUCGAGGUCAGCGAUGAUGGCGGCAAGUGGGUGGAAGUUGAAUGUGGACGCAUCUUUGACGGAAACUCUGAUCGUAACACCAAGGUGUAUGUUCCUUUCCCAACCCCUGUUGUUGGACGCUAUGUAAGGAUUUACCCCCAGACCUGGACAAAUCACAUGUCCAUGAGAGCGGCUAUCCUUCUC